AUGUUGCGUCCAGUGGAUGCUGAAGCUCCAAACAAAGAUGGCAAAACUGCUAGUGCUUUAUUUACCGAAGAGCUUGAAGAGUUACGGAUAAAAGCUGGGAAAUGGACUAAGGGGAUUGCAAAUGCAUGCAUCGUGGCGGCAACACUUAUUGCCACCAUGGCUUUCACAGCAGGUUUAACAGUACCAGGUGGCACCAAAGAACAAACUGGGACUCCACAUUUUGUUCAAAGAGCUUCCUUGAUAAUUUUUGCAAUAUCAGAUACUGCAGCGUUAUUAUUCUCCUCUUUAUCCAUAGUCUGUCUCAUAUCCCUUUUCACUGACGCAUACGAAGAAAGAGAUUUCGAGUCACAGGUGGCUUUCAGCACAUGGUUGCUUACCAUUUUCUACUCAUGGUUCUUUCUUGAUUUACAAUAUGGAUUACAAUCACUAUUCUGUUCAGUAGAAUUAAUGGUUGUAGGUUUUUGUGCAAAUAUGUUCAUUGUCUUCAAAGCUGGCAAGCUACGGAUUCCUAUAUUUAUUACGGCAAUGAGUGCUUUCACAAUCAUCAUAAUCGGGAAUAAAAUUACUAUUGUCUGCGGAGGGUUCGCGCGUUAA